GAAGUUCGCGCCCCAGCCGGGGCGGCUGCACCGACCGCGGCAGCCCGGGGGCUCUCCGUUCCGCCCUGCCCCGCCUGCGCCCGCCGCUGCGGCGGGGCCGGGCCGCCACCUGUUGCGGUGCCGCCGCCCUCACCCCCGGCGCGGCGGGCGGGCGCGGGGCAGGCGGGGGCGCCGUAUGCGGGCCGCGGCGGGCAGGGGGGCGCCCCGGGGGCCGCGGCGCCCCGCUCCGCGCAUGCGCCCUGCCGGCGGGAAGUGUUGCUCCACCGCUCCGCGCCAAGUUGCAGUCCGCGGCUCGUCCCCUGUCAGGCGGCGGCAGCGCGGCCGGUGCCGGGAUGGGGGGGGGCGGCGGCGGCGAGGCGGGACGGCCCGCGGGCCCUGUCGCUGCCGCUGGUGCUGGCCGUGGCGUGCGCGGCGCGCAGCGCCGACGGGCCCAGCAACAUGUCCUACGUGAAGGAGACGGUGGACAGGCUGCUCCAGGGCUACGACAUCCGCCUCCGCCCCGACUUCGGAGGGCCGCCCGUGGAUGUGGGCAUGCGGAUAGAGAUCGCCAGCAUCGACGUGGUCUCGGAGGUGAACAUGGGAGAAAAUUGUGACAUUUUAAAAUGGCAACGGAAGCAAGGAAAGCAAGUGGACUACACCUUGACCAUGUACUUCCAGCAGUCGUGGAGGGAUAAAAGGCUUUCUUAUUCUGGAAUACCUUUGAACCUAACUCUGGACAACAGAGUGGCUGACCAGCUCUGGGUGCCAGACACAUAUUUCCAAAAUGACAAGAAGUCAUUUGUCCAUGGGGUGACAGUGAAAAACCGAAUGAUUCGACUCCAUCCAGAUGGGACAGUCCUUUAUGGCCUGCGGAUCACAACAACAGCUGCUUGCAUGAUGGAUCUACGCAGAUACCCUCUGGAUGAACAAAACUGCACACUAGAAAUUGAAAGCUAUGGAUACACUACUGAUGAUAUUGAAUUUUACUGGAAUGGAGGAGAGUCGGCAGUGACGGGAGUUAGUAACAUCGAGCUCCCACAAUUCUCUAUUGUUGAUUACAAGAUGGUAUCUAAGAGAGUGGAAUUUACAACAGGAGCAUAUCCUCGAUUAUCCCUUAGCUUCCGGCUUAAAAGAAAUAUCGGAUACUUCAUUUUGCAAACUUACAUGCCUUCCACACUGAUCACAAUUCUGUCGUGGGUAUCUUUUUGGAUCAAUUAUGAUGCUUCUGCAGCCAGAGUUGCUCUAGGAAUCACAACUGUGCUGACCAUGACCACCAUCAGCACCCACCUCAGGGAGACCUUGCCAAAGAUUCCCUACGUCAAGGCAAUAGAUAUUUACCUGAUGGGAUGCUUUGUGUUUGUGUUCCUUGCCUUGCUGGAAUAUGCCUUUGUAAACUACAUAUUCUUUGGGAAAGGGCCCCAACGUCAAAAAAAGGCAGCAGGAAGGGCAGGACAUGCUACAGGCGAGAAGAGCAGACUGGAAACAAAUACAGUCCAGGUUGAUCCCCAUGGAAAUGUGCUUCUUAGCCCACUUGAAAUACGAAAUGAUGUCAGCAGCUCAGAUGUGUUCACAAGCCUCUGUGACCCUCGAGCCACCACGUACACGUACGACAGCGCCAACCUGCAGUACAGAGGAGCCACUUCCAGCAGAGACCUCUACAGCAGGAGUGUUCUGGACAGGCACAGGCUUCAUAAAAAAGGACGCUUACGAAGAAGGGCAUCCCAGAUCAAAGUCAAAAUCCCUGAUUUGACUGAUGUUAACUUGAUAGACAAGUGGUCCAGAAUGGUCUUUCCCAUCACGUUUAUUCUUUUCAAUGUUGUUUACUGGCUGUAUUAUGUGCACUAAUUUAUGCAAUAAUGUUACCAUAGACUAACAUAAUUAGACUUGUUUCUUUUCCUUCUCAAUUUUGUUAACUCUGAAGAACUGCAGUAGCCAUAACAUGUUCAAGGUAAGAUACCCAGCCAUCGAAUACUUCUAGAUUUAAGCUUUCGAAGAAAAAAAAGAACCCAACCCAAAUCCAGCCUCACCAUUCACAGAUAAGUAUAGUACAGAUGUGCUCUUAAAAAGCAUCUUCAGCAAAAGUGCUAUACUUUGAUUUUUUAUAGAGUUCAUGCAUCACCCAUGACCUUUCUGUACCCACUUUUAUCUCUCUUUUUUUUUUUUAAUGGAAUAAAAAUUAGUAUUACUGUAUUUCUUACCAUAUAUUGGCAGCCUAUGGCAGCACGCUUCCAAAUGAGGCAGUAAAACAACUCAAAGUAGUAGUUAUGUCACAGUCUUUCAGCAUUUAAAGCACAGAGAAAUUUGAAGAAAUAACUGUUUGAAGGAUUGUAACUAUUAUAUCACACAUCAUUUCAAAGUUAAUAGUUAUACUGGGAAGUGUUUCCAUAGUGUCCGUGAGAAGUACCACUCAAGGAAAAGUCAAUUCACAUUUUCAAAGAGGCAGGGAUCUUCAAAAGAAAGGAAGGGUAGCAGAGACAAAUCCCACCAAGUUUCCAACUAAGGAAUCAGCUGAUGGACUCCUAACUGGAUCCAACUUAUUUCCACAAAGUAGCAAAGUCGAAAUUGCUGAGAACAAUUGUGCCAUUUAUAAUUUUGUAUUAAAAAGUAGGACACACAGACGUGUUCAUUCCUGGAAGCAACUACUGAGGGAUACCCCAGGCCUCAAGCGGCCACCUUUUUGACUCCCAGGUUGCCUGUGGCUGAUAAUUGCAACACAUUCUCCCAAAAGCUGGCAGGUGUCUGGGAACAGAUCUGAGGAGAUUUCUGCAUGCAGUUUCCUGUAGAUUGCCUUACUCUGCUGAGGAACAGGAGAUACGGCUGAGUCCUGCAACACACUAGUGAUGCUGGGUGCACUGCUCCUGAGGAGUUGCUUCUCCCCAUCCGGCUGCUUAUCGCCUGACACAACUCCAGCCGAGGGACCACAGGCGAAGGUCCCUGCAAUUGGGUAGCAACUGGUCAGUCAUCUCCUAUCUGUAUCAAAUCCAUUCCUCUUCUAUUGCCAGGGGAGUUUUAACAGUUUUAACUCUAUGGUGCCUAACAUAGCAUUUGAUUGAAACAGAACUAUUAGCGGUUGAAUUUUAUUUUGUAUUGAAAGUGUUUCAUAGUUUUAAGAGAACCAAGAUAUACAAGCCAGCAGAGCCUGUGGAGGUACCAAGGUGAUUUUUCAUCAGUGCCAGCUGGUACAGAAAGAAACUUUGAUCAGGACAAUCAGUAAGCAGCAAUACCCACAGUUAGGAAUUAGUAGGGAAUACAAACGAGUGAUGGAAAGCUUCUACACCAGUUCCACACUGACUGGCAGUAAGGUCAACCGGUGACCUUAUCGCCAGCUGACAUUACAACUUUUUAAUCAAUCAGAACUUAAUAAUAAAUGAAACACUCCUACAUGUUAAUGCUUGCCACAUCCUGCAAGACCUGGACCUCCUAACAGAUCAGGACCUGCUGCCCCUUCCCUUUGUUUAUGCAGCAGGCUCCUGCAGAAACAGACUGGCAUGAUAAAACAUCAAACAAGAAAGGGAAUAGGUUUAAUUUACUCAUUACAAAAAAAUGUAAGCCUGCAAAACAGGCAUUUGACAUUGGUAGUCUAGGGGGGUCCUUGAGACUAUCAGUUUUCCUGUGGGCUCCGAAGCCACAGAACCCAAGCUCAACGGAACACAAAGGUGAUUUCCUCAGCUGUCUUCUCUCUGUCACAACCUUUAACCUCCACUCUAUUGAAGAGUUGCACAAUUUUACCAGAUUAAUCAGCCAGUGAGUACAACUUGAAGUGAUUCAGGACAAAUAUUCAUUCAGUCAAAUGGCUCUUCUGAACAGGCUACAACUUGUAUGCCUAUCCCCACCCUAAAACAACUCCAAAUAAAUGUUCAACAUUUGCACCAUAACAGCAACCAAACUAAGAACUGCCACACAUCAUUCCACAUGGGACAUUUUGAUGAAUUUUUUAGUUAAAUUUAAGCAAUGUUCAGAUCAUGAACAUUUUAGCUGUAUAUGGAAGUCUUGCAUGCUAAGUACACUGAACUUCUGUAACUGCCAAAAGAGCCCCAGGAGGGAGACAGCAGCAGGGCCGUAUAUGCUGCCUAUUCCAAACACAUACCCCAUUAAAUGGUUUUGAAUUCAAUGAACUGGCACCGGACUUUACAAACAGAGAGAAUAGGUCCACGAGCUUGUGCACUUGCCAGAUUUGAGGUUAUAUGCAGAAAUAAAUAUAAAGAAAGAAAUACAUUCUACAGAUUUGUAGGGUAAAAUACUCUGAAAAAAACCACUGUCAGUGACCCAUGGAUUUGCAUUACCUGAUUUCUCAAAGAUAUUCACAGGCAGACCACAGGUCAGUAAUUUAACCCAGCUGUUCCAGUGGUGCAGAGAUGUUACAACCCCUUCUUACAGCUACAGUGGAGAUUUAGGAAAAGCAGCAUGGCACUGAAACAAGAUUUUAGCUUAAGAAAAGGAUCCUUUACCUUAUAUUACAAGAGCAAAGAUCAGCCUUACUGGUCUUCAGCAUUUUUCUUGUAAGACCCUAGCAUCUGCAUACACAUAGUUUCUAUUUUAUGGAUCACCCAGCUACUUCACCCACAGAUGUUAGUCACAU